GCCGAGCGGUGACGCGCCCCGCUCACCGCCCCCCUACAGGCUUCCCCCCCCCCCCUCCCCCCCUUCCCCCCGCCCCCUGAGCGGUAUGUGGGGAGCGAGCCCCGGGGGGGCGGCCGAUGCGGAAAUGCUUCAGAGAACAUCAGAAGAUUUUUUGCCAAAGAUGGAAAGUUCAGUUGAAGAGAUGGAUACCUCUGAUACCCAGUGGGGCUGGUUUUAUUUGGCUGAGUGUGGUAAAUGGCAUAUGUUUCAGACUGAUUCAAACAGUCAUUGCUCUGUUAGCAGUGAAGAUAUUGAAAGGAGCUUCCGAACAAACCCACGUGGUUCUGUUUCUUUUACUACAUCAAAAUUUAACUACACGCUAGACUUCUCAGUUAUGAAACAAACCAACCUAACAACCCUUAAGCAACGUCCAAUAAAGCGAGCUCCCUUUUCUAUCAGUGCUUUCAGUUUCAUCUGUGAAAAUGAGGCUAUCCCUAUGCCUUCACACUGGGAGAAUGUAAAUACUGAGGAGCCAUAUCAGCUUAUUCCAUUGCAAAAGAAAACAAAUGAAUAUAAUGAAGUUUCUAGUCUCUUUGGAAAAACAAUGGAUAGUCACCGAAUUAAAAGAAUUAAGAGAAUACAAAAUCUAGACUUGUGGGAGUUUUUUUGCAGGAAAAAGGCUCAACUAAAGAAGAAGAGAGGGGUCCCAACUAUUAAUGAGCAGAUGUUAUUUCAUGGCACCAGUAAUGAAUUUGUGGAAGCAAUAUGUAUUCAUAACUUUGACUGGAGAAUAAAUGGAAUGCAUGCUGCUGUGUAUGGAAAAGGGACCUAUUUUGCAAGAGAUGCAUCUUAUUCCAGUCGCUUCUGCAAAGAGGACAUGAAGCAUGGAGAUACAUUUCAAAUUCAUGGUGUGAAUCUGAAGCCUCAUCUGCAUAGACCAGAUAAAGUCAUGUUUCUUGCUCGUGUACUAACUGGUGACUAUAUCAGUGGUGAUUCAAAAUACAUGAGGCCUCCUUCAAAAGAUGGAAGUUUUGUGAACUUGUAUGACAGCUGUGUGGAUAACACCUGGAACCCAAAGAUCUUUGUUAUCUUUGAUGCCAACCAAAUCUACCCAGAGUACUUAAUAGAAUUUUGUUAAGCUCGAAAGGAGCUGAACAGAAUAUUGUUUGUGUCUUUUUUUGAUACUUUUGUUCCUUUUGUAAAGAUAACAGUAUAAAAACAUGAAAUGUGAGAGAGGUGAAAGAAAAGCUAGCAUAUGUUCAUGGAGGAAGGAAGCUAUCAAACAUUCAAGGCAGGUUGUCGGGCUGUUUUUAAAAAAUCUGUAAACUUUACUAAUGCAUUUUUCAAAUGUAGCAACUAUUACAAAUUUGAAAUUGCUUAGUGAGCCUUAAAUAGAUUGGGCAUUGGUAAGUUUACAAAGGCAAGGUUUAUUUUCUGAUUUUUUUUUAAUGUAUUACAAGUAUUUAUUCAUGUGGUAGCAAUUUACCUGUAACAUAAUAUGCCUAUGAUGACACUAAUCUUUUAUAAAGAUUGUCUGUAGAACAUAACAAUCACAAAAUCAACAACAAAACCCCAGGGGACUUGGCUACAUA